ACCUUACCUCGCCGGCAAGCAAAGCCAGACAACUUGUGCUUGAAAUCCCCAAUUCUUAAUCAUAUAAGCACGGAAUCUUUGCUCUGUAUGAUUCUGAAGAACUUCAUCUUCUCUGUAAUCCAAAGCUCUUCAACUAAGCAUUCUUUGUAAGAACACUUGUAAUACAGAACCUCCAUGUCUGAAGGACGGAGCUCCUUCACAGAAUUGGAUAGUUUCGUCUUACUUUGCUAGGUAACAAGUUUUUAAAGCUUUGGUUUAGAUGGAGAGAAGUAGUAAUGGUGAAGGAGUUGGGUCUCUGAGUGCCACCAUCAACUUCUAUGGAGAUCAGAGAAUCGAUGGUAGAAAGUUAGAAAUUAACAAAGCCAGCAUCUCACAACUUCAGAACUCGCCUAUCCAAGAGAAGUUUUCUGUGAAGAAGCUCGAACAAGCCAAUAGAUCAGCUGGGCAGGAGGAAGCCCCGGAAGAAUUGGAGCUCUUUCAUGCCAAGAAACCCGAGAAACAUUUUGUUUUUAAGAUUGAUAAAUCCAAUGCUCAGGUAGACCAAUCUCUAAGGAAUUCAACAAAUGAAGGCGAAGAUCUUCAGUAUGCAGAACUUACGCAGAAAUUGGAUGGGUUAAAGCAAGAACUCGCUAAACUAAAGAUUGAUUUUUCCUCGGCGAUAGAAUCUAAAGCUAAGGCUUUGAAGGACAUCGAAGUACACAAUCAGAAAGCAAGUUCUUCACUGAAAAAGGUGGAAAAGCUGAGAAAAGAGAUUGAGGACGCAAAUGAGGAGCAUGUGCUCGUUGAGCUCGCGAGGAUCGAAGCAGAGAAGGAAAUGAGGGAAAUAGUAUCCCAGCGAGCUGUGGAAGCUAUAGAGUUCUCAAAGAAAAUGGAGUCAACCAAGAAAAGAAUCAGUGAGGUUCGCAGAGAAGUCAGCAGGGCCAAGGAGCUUGAGGAAAAGUUAGCUGCUACUAAUACGGAUGUCAGCGUUUUGCAGAAUGAGAUGGAGCUUGUUCGAUCAAUGCAGAAGAACUUCCCCAAGGAAAUUUCGGAGGACAACAUCAACAAGAACAACGACGAAGAACAAUUGAAGAUGGUUGACAAUGAGUUGAACAAGGCAAAGAAUGAACUGGAGAGCAUCAAAGAAGAGGGCUUUCAGUUCAUGGCAUCAAUGGAUAUUGUAAGGGUUGAGCUGCUUCAAGUUUCCAAAGAAACAAGUAGGAUGAAGAAAGUGGAAAAAAAUGCAGAAUCAACUAUCGAGCGUCUCAAUUCAAAGCUCUUGAAAGCAAGAUCAAAGCUUGAAUCCGAAACUUUGGCAGAGGAAAGGACCAAAAGAAUCGUCUCCAAUCUAAGCGACGCACUUCAGCAACUACAAACUGAAGUGGAAACUGCAAAGGAAGAGAAGGAGAAGGCCAGCAAGGAGACGAGUGACAUCAAACAAGAGAUUGAGAAGACUGAAAUGGAUAUCAAAUACACACAGAAGCAGUUGCUGGACAAAAUAUCAGAGCUUGAGACAGUUAAAGCAUCGGAAGCUGCUGCUCUUGCGAAGUUGAAGAGCAUGGUGGAGAACAUAGUGAAGAACAGGGCCAUAGAUUCUCAGAAUUCUUCUAUGAUUUGUAUCUCAAAGUGGGAGUAUGAGUAUUUGAGCAAGAAGGCAGGGUUAGCCAAUGAAGUAGCAGAUAAGAAGGUAGCAGCUAUUAAUGCAUGGAUUGAGACACUGAAAGCACAAGAGAAGGAGAUCUUGUUGAAGAGCGAACUCAUUGAAAAGGAAAUCAAAGCAAUGAGAGUUGCUGAAGAGGAAGAGGAGGUCUACAAUAUGAAAAAAUCAAUGGCUGCUCAGAACUCGAUGGGUGAGGAAGCAAACGAGUUCAUGGACAUCCUGAAGGAUGGAAAGUCUAGUCCCAGGAAUUCAAUGACAGCAAGCAGGAGAUGGUCCAAAACCAGAAGAGUAUCAGCAAUACAAGGAACAAGAAGUGCUACUCGAUCUCCAUCUUUUGCAAUCAAGAGAAGAAAGGGAGAUAUGCCUACUUUUGCUGCGCUGCUUAGAAGAAGGAAUGGCAGAAUGAAACAAAAUGAAGUGAAUUUUGAAACAAAAUGAAGUGAAAAUGAUCACAGCCAAGGCUGAGUAGAAUAUACGUAUAUAUUUGUUCAGGCGCUUUGUUAUUUGAUGAGAAUUGAAUCGACAGUACCGUAGUAUACAUUAAACAUUUGGAAGUGUGUAAUGCAACUUUUGUUCACCAAAGUUUUAUGGAACAUUGAACUGUUGCUUCCAAACA